AUGGCGCCCGAGACCCCCAAGGUUUCCAACGAUGACGCUAAGGAAGCCUCCGACGGCGACGCCUCCGUCGACGAGAAUCACGUCAGCAACUUCAACCUCUCCAAGGAGGUGUGCGCCAGGCUCGAGACCAAGGGAAUCACCUCCCUGUACAGUAUCCAGGCGCAGUGCUUCCAGCCCAUUUUGGACGGUAAGGACCUGGUCGGCCGCGCGCGCACGGGCUGCGGCAAGACCCUCGCCUUUGUCCUUCCCAUCGUCGAGGUCAUCAACCGCGAGAAUCCAAUGCCCGCGUCCGGCCGCAGGGUGCAGGGCCGUCGGCCGGUGGUGGCGCUCCUCGCGCCCACCCGCGAGCUUGCCAAGCAGGUGCACUCCGACUUCCAGCACAUCGGUCAGGCGUUCGGCCUCACCUCCAUCUGCGUCUAUGGCGGUGCCCCCUACGGCGAGCAGGAGCGCGCGCUGAGGCAGGGCUGCGACAUCGUCAUCGGCACCCCUGGCCGCGUCAAGGACCACCUCGACCGCAAGACGCUCUCCUUCGAGAAGCUCAGGUUCAGGGUGCUCGACGAGGCUGACGAGAUGCUCAACAUGGGAUUCGUCGAGGACAUCGAGACCAUCCUGAACCACGCCAAGGACAACGCCAACCUCCAGACCGUGCUCUUCUCCGCCACGCUGCCCAAGUGGGUCGCGGACAUCUCCAAGAGGUUCCUCGUCCCGGGGUACACCACCAUCGACUUGGUGGGCGACGAGAAGCAGAAGGCAUCCGGUUCCGUGCAACACAUGCUCAUCAACUGUCAAUGGAGCGAACGGACCGACCUGGUGUGCGAUCUCAUCCGCGCCAAGGUCCCGGGCGAUGGCCGCGUCAUCGUCUUCUGCGACACCAAGCGCGACUGCGGCGAGCUCCAGGAGGCGCUCCAAAAGGAGCUCGAGAAGGGCGCGAAGGCUCUCCACGGCGACGUGAACCAGUCCCAGCGCGAGGUUGUGCUCGACGGAUUCAGGAAGAACAAGUUUCAGACCCUCGUGGCGACGGAUGUGGCGGCGCGCGGCCUCGACAUCUCUGGUGUGGAGCUCGUGGUGCAGUGCGAGCCCCCCAAGGAGGCCGAGACGUACAUCCACCGCUCCGGCCGCACCGGACGCGGCGGCGCCACCGGCAUCUGCGUUACCUUGUGCACCCCGCGCAACGAGUGGGCCAUCCCCAACAUCGAGCGCAAGGGCGGGUUCAAGUUUGUCCGCAUCGGUCCCCCGCAGCCCGCCGAGAUGGUGGCGGCCGCGGCCAAGAUUGUCAUCCAGCAGGUGCGCGCUGUGCACAAGGGUGCGGCUAAGAUGUUCAUGGACGCCGCGCGCGAGCUCCUCGCCGAAGGUGCGGGCGAGCACGAUGAGGGCGCCGACCCGACGGAAAUGCUCGCCGCCGCACUCGCCAAACUCGCGGGUCACGGCGAGCUCCGCCAGAGGUCGCUGCUCACCUCCCACACCGGUCAGACCACCCUGCUGUUCACCGCCGGAAACAACACCGAGAUUCGCACGCCGACAUACGUGUGGAACUUUCUCAAACAACGCAUGGACGAGAAGGACAUCCAGCUCCGCAGGCUCACCCUCCAGGCGGACUCCAAGGGGGCAGUUUUUGACGUGCCGUCCGAGCUUCAGGAGAAGUUCCUGGCGCUCAGCGACACCAAGGGGCCCACGCCCAUCACCAUCUCGGUUUGCGAGGAGCUCCCGGAGCUGGUGAUGAAACCGCAACAGUCCGGCGGUUACGGCGGCGGUCGCGGCGGCGGCGGUCGUGGCGGCUUUCAGGGACGCGGGGGUGGACGCGGGGGUUUCAGUCCCGGUGGCCGCGGAGGCCGGGGAGGCGGUGGGCGCUUCGGAGGUGGAGGUCGCGGCGGCGGGCGCGGAAGGGGCAGGUUCUAG